CUCAUUUUCUUCACUGAAUCUCUCCCAUCUUCAUCACAAGGUGCAUGUGCCUUCCAAGCAAAGGGAGUCUCUAUCUUUUGUGAGAGAAAAUGGAAGGAAUUAGUGUUUUGAAGAAAGGUUCUAAGGCAAAGAAAGAUGAUCUUUACCAUGUUAUCCAUAAGGUUCCUUUUGGAGAUAGUCCUUAUGUCAAAGCCAAACAUGCUCAGUUGGUGGAUAAAGAUCCAGAAGCAGCUAUAGUGUACUUUUGGAAGGCUAUUAAUGUUGGUGACAAAGUGGAUAGUGCUUUGAAGGAUAUGGCUGUUGUGAUGAAGCAAUUAGAUAGAACUGAAGAAGCUAUUGAGGCCAUCAAAUCUUUUAGAGGUCUUUGCUCUAAACAUUCUCAAGAAUCACUUGACAAUGUUCUUCUUGAUCUUUAUAAGAAAUGUGGAAGAGUAGAGGAGCAAAUUGACUUAUUGAAAAGAAAACUAAGACUUAUCUAUCAAGGAGAGGCCUUUAAUGGAAGGACAACAAAGACUGCUCGUUCUCAUGGGAAAAAGUUCCAAGUUUCAAUCAAGCAAGAAACUGCAAGAUUAUUGGGAAACUUGGGCUGGGCCUACAUGCAAAAGACAAACUACAUGAUGGCUGAGGUAGUUUUCAAGAAAGCCCAAAUGAUAGAUGCUGAUGCCAACAAGGCUUUAAACUUGGCCUUAUGCUUAAUGAGGCAAUCUCGUUAUGAAGAAGCCUAUUCAGUUCUUGAACAAGUUUUGCAAGGAAAGCUUCAAGGUUCUGAUGAAAUCAAGUCUCAAAAUAGAGCUGAUGAAUUGCUUAUAGAAUUGAAUGCAAACUUGCCACAACCUAAGUUUAUGGAUGAUUUAGGUCUUGAUGAUGAUCUUGUCAAGGGAAUUGAUGGGUUGCUUAAUGUAUGGAGCCCAAUUAGAUCAAGAAGACUUCCAAUCUUUGAGGAAAUAUCUUCCUUUAGGGAUCAAUUGGCAUGUUAAUAAGUUUUUAAUUUGUUAUGUUGUAUAUUGUAUUAGGUUGGACAAAUAGUCCAUUUUCUUGUCCAGGUUGCUGUUUUUCCUUUGCCCUUUUUCUCAUUAAAAUGGCGAGGAAAAUAUAUAAUAAGGUUUGCUUGUAUUUGGUAAAUUUAUUAAUAAUUAAUAUGAUGAUAAAAUUUCUAGUAAGAUUUGAGAAAUGAUAAUCAUCUAUUUGUAGUUUUGUA